CGUGUAUAUUUUGUUGUUGUGUGCAUAUAAAAUAUUAAAAGACAAAAGCAAAAAUAUAUAACUUUUUGUUAUUUGCAAAAAAAUUAAACAGAAAAAAAAUAAUUUAAUAACAAACUAAAUUUUAUAUUUUUAUAACAAAGGAACUAAUAACGUAAUAAACAAAAUGACUGACAUGAAAAAUGAAUUGGACAGCGAUUUGGAUCAGAAUUAUUCGCUGAACAGCAAUGCAGAUCCAAAGAAUAUGCAGGAAUUGACAAUUUAUGUACAAAGUCUGCUACAAAAUGUUCAAGAUAAAUUUCAAACAAUGUCCGAUCAAAUAAUAACACGCAUCGAUGAUAUGGGCAAUCGAAUAGAUGAUUUGGAGAAAAGUAUUGCCGAUCUUAUGAAUCAAGCUGGUGUUGAGGGUCCCGAAAAGUAAUUGAGUUUAAUGUUGGCAGUAACGAGAGUAUGCUCAAUUUUUUUUCUAAUAUUAAGCUAAACAUCAAAAUAAUAUCAAAACACUUUCUUCAACAAAAAAGAAAAAAUACACACAAACUUUCUCGACUAACUAGUAACCAGAAACAUAUUUACUAUAAAUAACCAAAUGGAAUAAAGUAAAAAUACUUAUCUACUAUUUCUCCCCUUCCCAAAACCAUUGAUUGCCAUUAUUACAUUUUCCUGGAACAAUAUUAAGCCUUAAUAUUUUCUACUUAUCCUCUCCACAAUUUCUGAU